GCAAAAAACAUAAAAACGCACAGUCGUUUAACAAGUUUUAAACUAAUAUUCUUGAAAGCGAUUAGCAUAUUUAUGUUUUGGAGUUGAAUACUUUAGCUUGCCUCGUUAAUAUACAUGUCAUGUGUACUUGAAGUGCCUGACUCACACACCAGGAAGAAGACCAUGUUUCGUGAUGAUGAUGCCAGUCUCGUCAGGGUCUAGCGGCUGCGUGGGAGUGAAGAUGUUCGUUUCAAAAUCGACAAGUUUAUAUGCAACACGGAUGUAUGGAUCUGUUCUGCUGUACCUGGUGGUGGUGGUGUCCUAUAAUUCUGGAGAAUUGCUGUGUCCCGAGAUCGCAGAACUUGGCUCCACCGUCAAUCUCAAGUGUAUAAAAGGAAUCGCCACACGAGCCCAUUCCUACUCAACUCCUAUUGGAACUGCCGCUGCAACUUGUGAUUUGUCAAACAGAUACUGCAUAAAUCUUGGUGACUUUACAGCAUCGGUCCUGAACGAGUCCUCUAGUUUCCUCACUAUACCGCACCUACUGGAGACACACGCUGGUGACUGGGCAUGUGUUGUAGAUGCAGAUGACCCAAACCCCGAUACGUGUAAUGUAACUGUGCAAAAGAGUCCAUCAUGUCGAAUAACAAGCCCACAGAACACCAGAGCACUCAUUGUUGGUGAAGAACUUUCACUGACAGUCUACGUGAGAAGCUUCUACUGCUCUGAGUCAGUUAUCAUUGGAGUGAAGACGGGGAAUAUCACAAGUCAUCCUAUCAAGGAAACUGUUACCAAGGUGACGAACAGCACUGAAAACGUAACAUUUCACAUGACGGCAUCCCACUUUGGAAACGUGACCCUUGUGUUUUCCUGUGGCACCAAGAACCAGCACGUGCUCUGUGAGGGCAUACAGUCUCUGGUUGAAGGUAAACAGGCUAACAUCACGACAACACCCACACAGCCCACAGGUCACCCAACAACAGAUGGACAGGAUACAGAUAGCUCUCAAUGUGGUGUCGAAGGUUGCAUAAUUCCUAUUGUUCUUGCUGUCUUCCUCUAUGUCGUUGUCGUUGUCGUCGUAGUCUUCAUAAUCAAAUUUGUAUGCAAACGCAGGAAAAAUAGGGAAGAACAUAGAAACAAAGAAAACGAAGAUGACACUGAAGCAUCCGCGCUAAGACAGGAAGAGGACACACAGUAACAAGGAUCAAGGAACAAGACAAUCCAGUGAGUAACAUCGUUCGAGAAGUUUCUGAAUGGAACUGCUUCUAGGAGGAUGGAAGUACCUAUAGUGUAGCAACAAGAGCACGGAUCUAGACCU